UGCGCAACGGGCCAACCCAGGGCUGGCUUGGGCAUCCUUCCAUUCCACCACUCGCCCGUCUUCCUCCGUGGAAACGAGGUUGGCUUGCUUGGAACACGAUUGAUCCGCUCUGUCUGCCCUUACGCUAUCGUUUGGAAUUAUGAACCUCGAACAAAUGUCCACCUUGUCCUGAAUGUCUCCGUGACAGCUACGGCACCAGCCGACAGCACCAGGGUUUCGUUCGCAGGAAUCACUUUUCCAGGUCCCAUCGACGCUCGCCAGUCACGUUGGCUGGUCCUCAGGAUAACCUUGACAAGCGACUGCGUAGCCAGGACACCCUCCCACCCACGCACUCCAACGUUCAAUCUUCUUUCUACUCAUUCAACAAACAGCGAGUGGUAAACCAUGUCGACGCCGACUACUGCAACCGCAACGCUGCCUCCCUAUAAUCAUCAUCAUUUCCGAUAUUCCCAUCAGCACCCACCGUAUACACAGGCAAAUUCCUCACCGUACCGACCGCCGAACCCAAUUCUUCCUUCUCCCGCCUCACGUCUCGCCUACCCAUCUCCUGCCACCUACUCAGUUUCGGCGAACCACGCCGUUUCCAAUGGAGUACUAGCGGUUCCCCACGAGCCCGCGAGACUUCCACCACAAGAAACUGCGAACCCGAGCCCUAGGUCCGAUUCUGCCUACACAAUGCCCGCUGGAUCGCAGACGCAGUCUGUGGCUGACUCGCAGCAACCUGCUCGCAAGAGAAGGCGGUCGAGGGGCCCAGACUGGGACACGUUCUACAAGAAUGGGCUGCCCAAGGAAAUCAUUGUCAUUGAGGACACACCCGAACCUGAGCGGCCUAACCCUGCAACUGCUCUCUCUCAGACAUUGGCAAACGGGCGUGCACACGCUGCGAAUGGCAAUAUUGUUGCCCAUCAGGCUAAGAGGCGGAAACGAGAUGAUGAACCCACCCGAUAUGACCCUGUCCACCACAACAGCAUUGUAGGAUCCUUUACGCAUACGUCUCGCCAGGAUGGAUCUCCCAGCAAGUCGACGGCCCCGAGCGACCGAACAAACUCGGCUAUUCACACCACUGCUGCUACAUCACUGGGCUCUCUCUCAUCAAAUGGCCACUACGAAUAUGACGCACAGCCCGGGCAGAAGAGGAAACGGACGACCCGCCAGCAGAUCGCCAAUGAAGCGAGACGCCGCGAUGCCGGCACCGUGACCGAUGCCUUCGCUUCGUACCGUCCGCCGCCUUACCCUCCCAAGAAGGCCCGCGACGUUCCCAUCACUGUCAUACCUGACCCACCGCAUAGCAAGAACGUUCGCUGUGAUGACGAUGACGGGCACUACAUCGUGGUUCCCGAUAAUGACCUGACGGAUCGAUACCAAAUGAUCAAGCUACUCGGACAGGGCACGUUCGGCAAAGUUGUGCAGGCGAGAGACAAGAUUGCCAAUAAGCUCGUUGCCAUCAAGAUCAUUCGCUCGGUCCAGAAGUACCGCGAAGCCAGCAAGAUUGAGCUUCGGGUUCUCGAGACACUCAGGGCCAACGACGAGGAGAACCGGAACCGUUGCAUCCACUUCCGAGAUUGCUUCGAUUUCCGAGGACAUAUCUGCAUUGUCAUGGAUCUCCUUGGCCAGAGCGUGUUCGACUUUUUGAAGAGCAACAAUUUCGUGCCCUUCCCGAACAGUCAGAUCCAGCACUUUGCACGUCAGCUCUUCACUAGCGUUGCCUUCUUGCACGAUCUUAACCUGAUCCAUACCGACCUCAAACCAGAGAACAUCCUCCUCUGCCACAACGAGUACCAAACCUUCACGUACAACCGAAAGAUCCCGUCAUCUAGCACCACCAUCGGCCGCCAGGCCACCCAAAGACGGGUCUUGUUGGAUACCGAGAUUCGACUGAUAGAUUUCGGUUCGGCGACGUUCCAGGACGAAUAUCACUCGUCUGUCGUGUCGACUCGGCAUUAUCGAGCACCUGAAAUCAUCCUUGGACUGGGAUGGUCUUUCCCCUGUGACAUUUGGAGCAUUGGAUGCAUUCUCGUCGAGUUCUUUACCGGCGACGCACUAUUCCAGACACACGAUAAUCUCGAGCAUCUGGCCAUGAUGGAGGCUGUUGUCAAUGCCAGGAUUGAUGUUCCUCUUGUUCAUCAGGUCAACAGGAUGACAAGAAAUGGCGGGAACCCUGCGGCCAAAUAUUUCAAGCGGUUGAAGCUCGACUAUCCUACACCAGAAACAACGCGAGCGUCGAGGAGAUUCGUCAAAGCCAUGAAGACACUUCCGGAAAUCAUACCUCCAACAACCAAGUUUCUCGCCCAGUUCCUAGACCUUCUCCAAAAGAUCUUUGUCUACGACCCCAACCAACGGAUAACUGCGAAGCAAGCACUACAGCAUCCUUGGUUCCGUGAAACUGCGGCUCCUGAUGACGGAACGGAAGCUGCGCGGAUCCGCGCCGAGCGUGCCGAGAAGAUGAUGAGAAUGCGAGAUCAACUUUCGGGCAGCCACGCGUCCGUUGGAGAGGAACGAGGGAUACGAAGAUGAUUUGGUCGGUCAAUAAAGACCGAUAAUUUCCGCGAGCAUCACGGUAGUAGAGCACAGCAUGACAGAGGCCCCAAAGUAUAUCUCGUACCAGAUUGGUAUAAUGAUAGUACUUCUCCAGGCUCUCCUGGACCCUCCAUAUACGGGUGGUCGGGUGCACGGUUGGUUGGCGAACGGGGAAUGAGUGGGGAGAGGAGUACGGGGGUUCCGGUGCCCUUUUCAUCGUCAUUUCUUUGGGGCAGGUGUCAAUAAUGGA